AUGCUGCUCAUAUAUGCUGUAUUGCUUUUUGCUGCAACAUGUCUCGGCGAUGAAGAUCUUCUCUCGGUUCUGAAGAGCCAGUCUGGCAUCUCAACAUUCGUACAACAGUUAGAAGCAAUACCAGAUCUACUUACCUUUGUCAGCGAUGGUAGCAAUGGACCAUUCACGGUCAUCGUUCCCGACGACGGUGCGUGGGCGAAAUGGUCGUCCGCUAAUAAGGCACUCGCCGCCGAUGGCAACUACACUGAUGUUCUGAUGCGCUAUCACUUUCUACAGCAAUCACUUGUUUCUGGGGACUUCGCCCAAAACUCAUUCUUCGCGCACUCUUUACUCGACGACACACGCUAUGCCAACGUCACAGGCGGGCAAGUCGUUGAGCUGACCUCAGUUGACGGCAAGCCUUCCGCUGUGACCGGCCUGCGCGCUGUCAGCCAGAUCACUACACCGGACAUCCCAUUCAUCGGCGGCUGGAUUCAAGUCACCGAUACUGUCCUCACGAUUCCCGAUCUACUCAGCUCGACCAUCAGCAAACUCAAGCUGACUCACUUGUUGGCACUCCUCAACAAGGGCGGCUUCGUGGAUCCUUCACUCCCCUCGUUCAAGCUUGUCAACACUGCUUCUGAUCUCUCAAUCUUCCCACCGAAUAAUGAACAAUUUGGCGCCAACUACGAAGGCUUCGACGGCCUACAGCAAGAGGAGAUUCGAAAGGUGCUGAACUACUCCGUCGUCCGCACCAGCCCCUGUCUGUACUCCUCCACAUGGAAGAACGGGACUAAGUACCCCUCGCUAGCAGCUGGCCUGGACGUUAUGUUCACGCAGAUCGACGAUGACUUCUAUAUCGACGCGGCUAAGCUCGACAAGACAGACUAUCUCGUUGCGAACGGUGUACUACAGAUCACUGAGAGCAUACUCAACCCAAACACUACCGGGAUCGGUCCGACCGAGACACCAAAAUCCGAGACCGACGACUCAUCGUCAGGGCUCAGCUCCGCCGCUGCCGCAGGCAUAGGUAUCGCAGUCGGUGCCGUCAUUCUCGGCCUCCUUGUCGGCGGAGCCCUAUACGUCCGACAACGCAAACGCCACAAUCUACCCAUCUGCGGUGGUGGUCGGCGUGGCGGUCGGCGCUUCAGACCCGGCCAGCAACGCUUACCGGAGCAAGACACCCCAGGUAUCCCACAACCCGUCCCGCGGACCAUAGGAGGCGGCGGUAACGGUCGCGAGAGCCGCAACGCCCGUCGCAGAGGCUACGAGGACAACCCGAUGGGUCUGCGCCACACGCAAUCCGACCUGGAGCUUGCCGAGCCGCCACCGCCACAUUACGGCACGCACGAGCUCGACAACAAAGCCUACGCAUCACCACGCGAGUCACGUCAGUUACUAAGCGGUGACCGCCGAAGACACAGCGGGCAAAACGUCAGCGUAGUCGAGAUCCACUCUCCGGAUGGAACAGUCCAUACCACGACGACGCGUAGCACGAUGGGAACGUACCAUUCUGCCGACAGCGGCAAUAACACAGGCACAGGGCCCGGAGGCAGGAAUUCGAGGUUAGACGAGCCGCUGCCGGCGCGGCCGCCGGGCACGCCACAGGAGAUCGAUGGGAGGAGCGUGCAUCGAAGUGGAAGCGGUGGGAGUGGAGGGAGUCAGCGGACGAGGAUUAAUGUUACGAUUAGUGGGGAGCAGCCCAGGCAUUUGGGAUUUCAGGCUAUGUACUGA